AUGUACAAGAAAAUCCCGAAAGCUAUGAAAAACCUUCAAGAAAAUUAUAUAUUAGGUUGUACGAGAGUUUCACUUCACGAGCUUGCGGUCACUCACGAUGUCUCCGACAAGCAAGUGAAGGAUAUUUUUGGUCUCAAAAUGUACUACCAUCGAGAACAUCGCGUGCAAUGCAUAUGCAUUGUGCAUGUCAAGUCCAAGGAACUCAACGAAGGUCGCCCUAGUGGAGACAAGUACAGCCUAGAAGAUAUUCAGAAUAUCAUUGAUAGUGACCCUGCGUAUAAGCAAUUGUCGGCCAAGGAGGAACAAUACUACAUCAACCAGUUAAACGAGUACCGUGCCCUCAAGAUGAGUGGAGCUUGCGCGAACAAUGUCUCGGCAGCUCGAGACGCAGUCGCAGUGAUGGAUCGGAUCUCAAAGGAGCUUCAUGCACUCCGUGAUCGAGCCGGACACGUCAACGAUCAAGUUCAGUUGACAUGGAUCGUGACGGACAAUGUGCAUGAAUUCUGGGAGGAUCAGAUGAGUUUAGCGCUUGACGAUGUUGCGUGUCAGUUUGAAGAGUGGGUGUGCAAUCAAAAGAAGACUGACGUCUCAUUAGGACGCGCAACAGGCAAAAUGGACCUGCAGAUGAAUUAUCAGAACUACGAGAAGGCUAUUGUACUGGUCUACGGAGUCAAGUUAGAUGGCUGGCCAGAGGGCCUCCCUUUCAUCGCACCAUCCCAUAUGCACACCAUCCUUGAAGUACGCACUCUUCGUGAUGCUUUGGUGACUGGUGCAUGCCAUUGGAAGAAGCUCACCCAGCGUGAACUCGAGGACCUCCACAUGGAUAUUCAACGACGCUCAGAUGCAGGCGAGGUGAUCGGCAUGGUGCGCAAGAAGUGCUCAGAUACAGGCAAGACACAUAAGUGCAAAGCACCUGCUGCUGAAGGUGCUACAGACGGCACCAUGGCCAAGGGUGAUUCUAAGAGGACUCAGAAAUCACGCAGGGGGCAAGCAGCCUGA